AUGUCAAUCAACGAGAUGAAAUUAGAAGAGCGUAUUUACAAAAAGGACCUUAUCAACCUUGAAAACGUUCGUUCGAACAAAGAGAGAUCGGAGAUUUUUAUUGCGAUAAGGAUUACUUUUCGGGGUCACAAUGAAAGUGAAGACUCGAGUAACAGAGGCAACUUUCUUGAACUUCUUCAAUUUUAUACUGAUCGAAAUGAUAAAGUGGGAAGUGUUGCUUUAAAGAAUGUUCCACGGAAUUCACAAAUGAAAAGUAGUUCUAUUAAAAAAGACAUAGUACAUGCUACAGCGAAGGAAACUAUUAAAGUUAUUAUGAAAGAUAUCGGAGAUGAUUUUUUUGCAAUUUUAGUAGACGAGUCACGCGACGUGUUUUGUAAGGAGCAAAUGGCAUUGGUUUUGAGGUUCGUAAAUAGUCAAGGAGUUGUUACAGAAAUAUUUUUUGGUAUAAAACAUGUAAAUGAUACUUCAGCUUUGUCACUUAAGGCGACUAUUUAUUCAUUUUUGUCGGAAUGUGGAUUGAGUCCACAUAGGAUCCGAGGACAAGGCUAUGAUGGAUCUAGUAACAUGAGAGGUGCAUUUAAUGGAUUGAAGACCUCGAUUAUGAAAAAAGUGCAAUCAUCACAUUAUAUUCACUGUUUUGCUCAUCAGUUACAAUUAGCGCUUGUGUUUGUUGUGAAAAAUUACUCUGACAUUAAUGAUUUUUUUGAUUUGAUUUAUCGUUUGUUAAACGUGAUUGGAUCUUCUUAUAAACGCCGAGACAAGUUAACAGGGACUCAAGCAACAAAAUUGGUGGAAGCACUUGUUGCAGGUGACAUUUCAAGUGGUACAGGUUUGAAUCAAGAAAUUGGUAUCAAACGACUCGGUGAUACUCGUUGGGGUUCUCAUUUUGGUUCACUUUCUAAUAUAAAGAGAAUAUAUUCUUCGAUUUGUGAAGUACUUAAAUACAUCAUGAAAGAUAGGGUCACAAAUGAUUUGAACACCACAUUACAAAAGAAAGACCAAGAUAUUGUAAAUGCAAUGCAUCAGUCGAGGUCUUGUAAGGAGAGACUGAAAGAAAUGAGGAACGAAGGAUGGGGACCAUUUUUAAACGAUGUUACUUUGUUCUGCAAAAAAGAUGAUGUUGAAAUUCUGAAUAUGGAAGAUCCAUAUUAUGAUGGAGUAAGUCGCCACAAAGAGUCAAAGAUUAACUGCUUGCACCACUACAAGGUUGAUGUAUUUGUUGCGGUCAUAGAUAUGCAAUCUCAGGAGCUCAACAAUCGGUUUAAUGAAGUAAACACGGCAUUACUUGUUUCUAUGGCUUCUUUGUGUCCAAGUAAGUCUUUUAAAGCAUUUAAUGUGGAAGAAUUGCUCAAAAUGGCUAAAUUUUAUCCUAGCGAGUUCCCAGAACAUAAGCUUGGAGCACUUAAAGCAAACUUGCAAAAUUACAUUAUAGAUGUGCGUGGAGAUCCAAGGUUUAAUAACUUGAAAGGAAUUGGAAACUUGGCAAAGAUGAUGGUUGAAACAAACAAGCAUACAAUAUAUCAAAUGAUAUAUCUUCUACUAAAAUUAGCAUUGAUUUUGCUAGUUGCAACAUCUACCGUGGAACGAGCAUUUUCAACAAUGAAGUUGAUAAAGAACGAUUUACGCAAUAAGAUGAGUGAUCAAUUUAUAAGUGAUUGUCUAGUGUCAUAUGUUGAGAAAGAUGUGUUAGAUAAUAUUAGCAACGAUGCAAUUAUAGAUUAUAUUAGAAAUAUGAAACCUCGUCGUGAACAAUUUUAA